CUUACCUUCCAAUAAGCACAGUUUCUAGGAGACGUCGACGCUCUUGAACUUGCAUCAAUGAAGAGGCCAUCUAUACGGUCCUUGAACCGUUGCUCAAAUGCGUACACCAGCACCCGCAGCACGCUGCAAUGGCUUAGUCGAUGUCCGGAACCGACGUGCGGUUGUCAGCCCAUGCCAGCCAACCUAGACAUAGACCAUCAUAGUAAUAUGACUUUUAGCCCUUACAGAGAUCACAUCCUGGUCUGCACAGGCCAGAAGGACUGGGCGAGUAAGAUCGAAAUGGAUACCAGAACCGGACCUGUGACUAGGCACAUCAAGACACUAUUGGGUCCACCAGGAAAACGUGGACAAACCAAAGCCUCGGGCAUCACGCCAGGAAAGUACCACAAUCCCUACAGCCCGCAUAUAAUAACCAAUGCGUCCUUUCCUUCUUCCGCUUCGAGCACUUCAGCCACUUCCCCAGCUGGCUCUUCAACAGGUGAUGACCUGCCUACCGUACCUACAUCUGUCUACUUGUUUCCGUCUUUCAAAUAUGUGACGCUGCCUCACACCGCAAGCCUGUCUGUGUAUCAUUCGAUUCUCGAUGCCUUGAUCCAAGAGUUUGUUUACAAGAGCAACUUGGCAGCCAGUCAAACGAAGAAAGAGGAGGACAUCAUACGAGGACAACUUGAAGGCUACCAGGGCAAUGGCGUCAAUCUCAUUUCGCAACCUGUGGAUGAAGUCGUUGUUCUUGUUUGUGGGCAUGGCGGACGAGACAGCCGAUGCGGGGCUCUUGGGCUUCCCUUACAAAAGGAGUUUGAAGAGAAGCUAAGCUAUGCAUCGAUAAGGGUACUUCCACAGCAACGCAAUUCUGACGAAACUGCAGCAUCAAAUUCAGCGCGUGUAGGGCUUACGAGCCAUAUUGGCGGGCACAAAUGGGCAGGCAACGUCAUCAUUUACAUCCCACCCACAUGGUCCCGGGCUAACGGACAUUCUCUGAGUGGCAGUGCGUUGUGGUAUGGGCGUGUGGAGCCGAAGCACGUCGAGGGGAUUGUGCAAGAAACUAUUGUUGGCGGCAGGCUGAUCAAGGAGCUCUGGCGAGGGGGAAUGAAACUACAAUCUGCAGGAGCAGGUACGCGCUGGGAACCCAUCACAAGCGAUUCGUCAUGAAGCCUGUCGCAUACGACAGUCAACUGCGGGUACUCCUAUCGAUCCUUCGGACCAAUGCUGCUGGCGGAGACAGAAGAGCGGAGAAGAACAAAGCGCAGGACCGGAGCGGGUGGACUCAUGACCUCACGUGGCCGCGCAGUUGUCCUCUUAUUACAAGUCUUCUUACAUGAGACAAUUUGUCUCGGAGGAGAAAUCUCGGUCGCAGGACGCGGAUGGGGCUGGGUGUGAUCGCCUUCCAUUAGCUGCGAGGUGGCCGGAGCGGAAGCCCUUGCCGUUUUUGGUAGGCAAUUGCUCCCAUGGUCCCACGGGCCUGUCCGCAUGUACUCUUGCUCGAAGCUGUACCCCGUAUUAUAGCACCUGUUUUGAAGCGCAUUUCGUGCAAAGUCAUCGUGUUUGCUUCCUAGAAUGCGAUCUAGUUUCCUGCAUUCCUGAUCGAUCGAUGCUAGCUGAUGGCAAGGUCGCGCCAAUUUUCGGAGUUUGCUCGCUGUUGGCUCGUUUGCUACCAACGCGCCCAUAGAUCCUGACACUGCGUAGCAUGCUCGCCGCUGAGCAUCGUGCCAGAUGCCU